GGCGGUUGCGAAGGUGGAAGUCCACUGUAAUGAUUGUUUCAGGUAAUUUGUCCCUGACGCAGCACCGUAGCGCUUCACGAGGCCAAAACACUUGAGGAGUGCUGCGUUCAGCCAAUCGUCAGUACUAACCGUCAGGACUACAACAAGACUGGAAGUGGGAGGAAGGACGGGGCUCGGGUGGCAAAACAUGGCGAAAUAGCAAGUUUCGGUCUUACCUGCUGAUUGAAACUCAGCCAUUUGAGAGGAUAGACAACUUAGAAAAAGAUAAAGAAGUGGAUGCAAGGAAAGCGACGUUUAACUUUAAGAAGUGCAGCGCUCCAGCCAGCAAGUAUGACGGUGUCUGGGGUGGGAAAAUAGUGCCUGCCCGUCCGUGUUUUCCCCGCAAGGUUGGCAGUGCUAGGCGCGACUGUAAACAGAAAAUGGAUCACAUCUUUCGACCAGAACAUUAGUGAGCUAGCCAGCUGGGUGCGACUCUGCGAUGGACUUCAAAAUGUUGCUCCGCAGCAGCUUCGGCACUCCACUAAUUCAGUUUUCUCAAUGUUCUCUGUAAAUUAACUCAUCCUAAUAUCUUAAAUAGGCUAAUAUUUUUCCCAUUUGGUCGUUUUUUUAAGCUAACUUGUUAGCUAACGUCACAAGUUUUCGCCAACUAUGUCUGAAAACGCCCCCACACGAAGCCUGGAUGAAAUAGACCUCGCAGCUCUGAGGGACCCUGCUGGGAUCUUUGAGCUGGUUGAGGUUGUUGGGAAUGGAACGUAUGGACAGGUGUACAAGGGUCGCCAUGUGAAGACAGGCCAGCUGGCCGCCAUCAAGGUGAUGGAUGUCACAGAGGAGGAAGAAGAGGAGAUCAAAGCAGAAAUCAACAUGCUGAAGAAAUACAGCCACCACCGCAACAUAGCUACAUACUAUGGUGCCUUUGUCAAGAAGAGUCCACCAGGACACGACGACCAACUUUGGCUGGUGAUGGAGUUCUGCGGGGCGGGGUCAGUGACCGACCUCGUGAAAAACACUAAAGGCAGCUCCCUGAAGGAGGACUGGAUUGCUUACAUCUGCAGAGAGAUCUUGAGGGGCCUUUGUCACCUUCACAACCAUAAAGUGAUCCACAGAGACAUCAAAGGCCAAAAUGUUCUGCUAACAGAGAAUGCAGAGGUCAAGCUUGUUGAUUUCGGAGUGAGUGCUCAGUUGGAUAGAACUGUUGGCCGCAGGAACACCUUCAUCGGGACUCCCUACUGGAUGGCUCCUGAGGUUAUUGCCUGCGACGAAAACCCAGACUCUACCUACGACUUCAGGAGCGAUAUUUGGUCCUUAGGGAUAACAGCCAUUGAGAUGGCAGAAGGAGCACCUCCCUUGUGUGACAUGCACCCCAUGAGAGCCCUCUUUCUAAUUCCAAGGAACCCUCCUCCAAAACUUAAAUCAAAGAAAUGGUCCAAAAAGUUCAUCGACUUUAUAGAGGGCUGUCUCGUCAAGACAUACACCAGCCGGCCAUCCACUGAGCAGCUGCUCAAGCAUUCCUUCAUCAGGGACCAGCCCACUGAACGGCAGGUCCGAAUCCAGCUUAAGGAUCACAUCGAUCGCACGCGCAAGAAGAGAGGGGAGAAGGAAGAGACAGAGUAUGAAUACAGCGGCAGUGAUGAAGAGGAUGAAAACCGUGGCGACGAUCGAGAGUCAAGUUCAAUCCUCAAUGUUCCCGGUGAAUCCACGCUGCGCCGGGACUUCCAGCGGCUGCAGCAGGAGAACAAAGAGCGCUCAGAGGCUCACAAGAGACAACAAGCUCAACUGGCAGCUCAGCGGCGGGACACGGAGGAACACAAGAGUAAACUCCUGCACGACCGGCAGAAACGCAUCGAAGAGCAGAAGGAACAACGCCGGCGGCUUGAAGAACAACAGAGAAAGGAGCGAGAGAUGGUGAGGCAGCAAGAAAAAGGUCCCCAUCGGAGAAUCGACGAUAUGAGACGGGAAGAAGAUAGAAGGAUGGCAGAGAGGGAGCAGGAGUAUAAACGCAAACAGCUGGAGGAGCAACGGCAGUCGGAGCGGCUGCAGAGACAGCUGCAGCAGGAGCAUGCCUACUUGGUGUCUUUGCAGCAGCAGCAGGACAAGAAGCCGCAGCUUUACCACUACAACAAAAACUUGGAGCCUAACAACAAGCCUAAUUGGGCCCGAGAGGUGGAGGAGCGGAGUAAGCUCAACAGACAGGGUUCCCCCAAAAUCUGCACUACUGUCUCUGACACUAAUAUCCAGUCGCGCGCUGAUUCUAUCAGCCAAUCAGGAUCGGUCCAAUCUGCACAGACCCCACCCAUGCAGAGGCCAGUAGAACCUCAAGGGGGGCAGAGCAAGUUUCAGAUGGCUCACUUGGUUCCUUUAAAGCCUUACGCUGCCCCUGUUCCUCGCUCUCAGUCCCUCUGUGACCAGCCCACUAAGAACAUGUCCGCAUUCCCCACUCAGGAUCCUUCCCUCAUCCCCACACCUCGCCCCAUCCACUCCAGAGAGCUCGUACGCCAGAACUCCGACCCCACCUCUGAAACCCCGGCACCACUUGCACAUCAGAUCAGGGAGGAUCGAGGCCCCUGGAUCCGUUUGCCAGAUGUAGAGCUUCCUCCAAAGGUCCCUCAGAGGACAGCAUCCAUCGCUACAGCUCUUAAUACCAACUUGACCUCUGGUAUUAGGCACCCAGUGAGAGCCAGCAAUCCAGACCUCAGCCGUAACGACCGCUGGGAGAGAGGCGACAGCAUGAGCAUCAUUUCCAAUCUGCCGCAGACCGGCUCUCUGGAGAGGCAUCGCAUCCUCAGUUCCUCUAAAAUGGAUUCGCCCAUGCUUUCUCAUGAAAGCCGCCAUAGGCCAGGAGAAUCUCGUACUUCCUCUCGCCCCGGGCGCCCCGCUAGUUACAAGAGGGCUAUAGGGGAGGACCACGGCCUGUAUGCCAAGGAGCGCGCUGAAGAGCCCCCGAGGCCCCCGGUGAAGGCCAACGACUACUCCUCUUCCUCAGAGAGCAGCGAGAGUAGUGAAGAAAGUGAGAGCGGUGAAGGAGCCGAGGAGGAAGAAAGUCCAACAGAUCGCCACAGAGACGCAGACACUGACUCAGUCAACACCAUGGUUGUUCAUGAAGACGAGGCUGAGGGGGGAGAAGGAGAUGAAGCUGGAGGAUAUGGGGAUCAGACCAUGCUGGUGCAGAGAACCCCAGAGAAGAGGAAUCACAAUGGUUACACAAAUUUGCCAGAUGUGGUGCAGCCUUCCCAUUCCCCCACUGACUCAGCCUCUCACUCUUCUCCAGGGAAGGACUCAGUUUAUGACUAUCAGUCCAGAGGUUUGGUAAAAGCCUCAGGAAAAUCUUCCUUCACCACUUUUGUGGAUCUUGGCAUGUACCAAUCACCUGGUACAGGGGAUACCAUGUCUAUCAGUGACUCCAGGUUCGAGCAGCUAAAGAUGGAGGUCAGGAAAGGGUCUAUGGUUAAUGUGAAUCCCACCAACACACGGCCCCCAAAUGACACACCAGAGAUCCGCAAAUACAAGAAGAAGUUCAACUCUGAGAUCCUGUGUGCUGCACUAUGGGGUGUUAACUUGUUAGUGGGAACAGAAAACGGCCUGAAGCUGCUGGACCGAAGCGGCCAAGGAAAAGUUUACCCGCUCAUCAACUCUCGCAGGUUCCAACAAAUGGACGUCUUGGAGGGCCUCAACCUUUUGAUCACUAUAUCUGGCAAGAAAAACAAGGUGCGUGUCUAUUACCUGGCCUGGCUGAGGAAUAAGAUCCUUCACAAUGACCCUGAGGUUGAAAAGAAGCAGGGUUGGACCACUGUGGGGGAGAUGGAGGGGUGUGUGCACUACAAAGUGGUGAAAUACGAGCGGAUCAAGUUCCUGGUGAUCGCUUUAAAGAACGCCGUGGAAGUGUACGCUUGGGCUCCCAAACCUUAUCACAAAUUCAUGGCCUUCAAAUCUUUUGCAGACCUGCCGCACAGGCCUGUCCUGGUUGACCUGACGGUGGAGGAAGGUCAGAGGUUGAAGGUCAUCUAUGGCUCUUGCGCAGGCUUCCAUGCUAUUGAUGUGGACUCUGGAAACAAUUAUGAUAUCUACAUCCCAGUUCAUAUCCAAAGCCAUGUGAUCCCGCACGCCAUCGUCUUCCUGCCCAACUCAGACGGCAUGGAGAUGCUGCUGUGCUACGAGGAUGAAGGCGUUUACGUCAACACGUACGGACGCAUCAUCAAGGACGUGGUCCUGCAGUGGGGCGAGAUGCCCACCUCUGUUGCGCACAUCUGCUCGAAUCAGAUCAUGGGCUGGGGGGAGAAAGCCAUUGAGAUCCGCUCUGUGGAGACCGGUCACCUGGAUGGAGUCUUCAUGCACAAACGAGCUCAAAGGUUGAAGUUCCUUUGUGAGAGAAACGAUAAGGUGUUCUUUGCUUCGGUGCGUUCAGGCGGCAGCAGCCAGGUGUACUUCAUGACUCUGAACAGAAACUGCAUCAUGAACUGGUGAAGGAACAGCUGCUCCGGUCUGGAGCCCAGCCGGGUCGGGAGGACGAGUGCAUCUGAAUUUACGCAUGUGAACGCCACUCUCCCUCUUUCUUCUAUAGCUUGUCCAACACACACACACGUGUAAACACACACACACACACAUCUCUGAAUCCAUUCCAGCCAACACUCCUUAAGAUGCAGCUUCUGCAGAGGCAGACGCUCUCCCCAGAGUCCUCAUGAAACAUUGCUGAUAGCUUAUUAACAUCCAUUACUUUGUACUGUGUGUACAUAAAUAAUAUAUAUAUACAUAUAUUCCUGCUUGGUUUACUUUUCUUUGUUAGAUCCGUGUUCAGUCGUAGCUAUUUAGUUUUCAAUUGUGAAGUCUGUUAACAUUCCAUGACGGCUCGACAUUGCAUUUUGGCAAAGGCGUUCUUUACAAAUACUGUAUGUCGAAAUGAGAUAGCGAGUAGACGGCACCUCCGAUUUAGCCGCUGUUUACAGGGACAUGAGGUAGAAAAGAAAAAUACUGCUGGAACGCCCAUGUGCUGCAGGCUGCAGCCGCUCUGAGCGCAUUACAAAGACUCAACGUAAGGUCUUAGUAGACAUAUUACAAAUUGUGGAUGUAUCAUAAAAUGAUGUAAAAGUCCAGGUACUGUAGCUUGGCUUGUAUCUUUUCAGUUUUCUAUCUAUCUAAACUGUAAGCUUUAGUCUUGCUUUCUAGUUUCUGACAUGAACGAACCCCCAAUCAGAGCUUUGAAGUCUUCAUUAUAAGAAUUAUAAGAUUAUAAGUCCCACAGGUUAGGAAAAACCAAAAAACUGUCAAGACUCAUAUCUAAACACAUUGCUUUCAUAGAGUUCUGAAACAUAGAAAUUUGAUAUUAUAUGUAGUGAUGACGUAUUUGCAGAAGCCUUCUGGCUUUCUUGAUUUUACUGUACUUGCAUCACAAGCACACAGCUAUAUAUAUAUUUCAGAGUGGUGGAGUUGAGGAGGAACUUAUUGUGUUUGUGCAGUCAUUAUUGAGAGAACGGUGGCACACAGGGGUCUGCUCGACCUAUUAACUUCUUGAACUCGUUUGUUGCAUUUCUAUGUCGGAAGUGUCCGUCCCUGGAAUGGCAGCAGAACCGCUCUCUCAAUGCUGCCAUUUGUAUUCUUCAGAAGUUUUUGAGAAAGCUCAUCAGUCUUUAUCUUUCACAUUCUGCCAAAGUUCACAGUAUAUUUUGCAAAUAAGUGGAAGUCAGGGCCAAAGGAAGAAGAGCAGACGGAAUGAUCCUUCAGAUUAAUAAUCAGAGCUUCUUUCUAACUUUAAAAUCCAAAACUUUAACAUUUUUUUUAUCGUUUGCUCUCAAGAGCCUCCUUUAAAUAAAGUUAGAUGUACAAAAACUGACACAAACUCUUCUUGUACAAAAACUAAAUUGAUGUGUAUUUUUAUUUUAAAGUUUACAUUUAUUUUUCCCUCAUUGCUAAAACAAAAAGUCCUUGGAAAAUGAGAAAGAUUAGUGAUCUUAGUAGAUCAAUAGAUAAAUCAAUACAUUUUAAGCAAAUAUCUUUUGAGUUAUCCAAACCGUACUGUCUUUUUUUCAAGUGGAGAUCAAGAUUUUAUAGUCAGAAUAAUAAAACAUAGGCGAGCAUUGAAAGCACUUUCAUUUGAGCAAAAACACACACUCGGUUGUGCAUGUUAGACAUCGAUAAGACGAUGUCAUUGUGUGUGGAAGGUGGUGUUCCCGUCCGAAUGAAUAUCUGUUCUGUGCCAUGACCUUCAGUACAGGUUUCUCAAAAACAAUCCACUUCACGUGGGUUUUUUUUUAAAUCAAUCUGCCAUGUUUACAGUCAAAGCAGUGCCUUGAAGUUGGGAAGCCGAGAGGUUUCAGGAAAGGUCAUGAGCCCCCCCCUCCACCUCCUUUACCAACCCUUCAAAUGUCUUACUCGGCACAACCGUUCACUCCCUCGUUAGGAUGAGCAAUCGGUUAAGUGCACUUAAGAGAAAAAAGUAACCUUCCCGUGAAUGAGCUCCUUUGUGGCGUUUAACCUAAACUGAAAAACCAGACCUGUGUCCCGUUAGAAAGUAGCAAUAACAACGAUGAUGACGCGUCACUGUCGUCCUGGCGACGUGUUGAAGAUCCUCUCGCAGAAAAAAAAGCCAUGUUUGUGUUUGAAAAUUCCUGCGCGCACAUUGAAUGAAACUGCGUGUGAUGCCUGCUCAGAUUAUACAGCUUCAUAGUGCACAGAUUAAAAUAAGUGCUUGUUCUUCAAUGGUGUUGAUUGUGCUAAUCUUGUGGUGGGGAGAGUAGUUAGAAAUAUUCUGAGAAGCCUAUUUUCUGAAAUAUGUAAAUGAGUCUAUAUUGAGAAAUCAAAGUGAAUGUACAUCUACGACAGAUUUGUAUUUAUAUAAAAGUAUGUUCCACGCCAAUAACCCAAGCACAAUGUCCAAGCUGAAACCGGGUCUCGGAUUCUAUACACUUUAUUUUGCUCUUUUAGCUUUAUUUGAUCAGCUGUGAAGCUCGUCGGGGUGAAAACUAGCUGCUGUGGACGUUCAGAACGGAAAUAUAGUCUUUAGCGGAGGAGGUCUUUCAUAUUCUCAGGUGAUCCUCAGGAGAGGGGUGAUGGAGCCUUUGUCCAGAUCUACAAAAACGUAUAUUAAAUUAAAAAAAAAGACUGUCAACUAUGAGUAAUCAGUAGGUAUGUCUGUUGACAGGCUUUGCAGCCAGAAACAGAAUCAAAUUUGUGAGGCUGAUCUGCAAACUAACCAUCAUCAAUCAAAGUUAAGCUAUAAUUAAGUUAUAAUAUAUACCAAAAUAUGUUUUACGGAAGAAUAAAGUAUAUAAAUGAUUACAUAUUAUUCUUUUAGGUUCAUCUUUUGCCUCAUAUAGCCUAAAAAAUGGCUUUUAUUUUAGAUUUCCCUUAAAGCACCUUUAGUGACCUAAGCCUUGGUAACAGUUGAGUGGCUGUAAAGGCCUGCCGGUCCAUCAUCAGUGAAGGGACGCUGUCGGGUUGCAGGCUUACAGCUUUGCGCUGUGAAUAAAGACUAUAUUUUAGUUUCAUAAGCAAUACAAGCAUUCGAACAAAUCAAGAGCCGCGCUUGCAGGUAGUGGCUUUGGUGGAGAAAUGUAGGCCGGGUGGUGUGACUUUAGUUUUCUUCUCUUAAUUUGUAGUCAUCAAAAACAUGUGCUUUUAAAGUGAAUUCUCAAUCUGCCUUCAUAAUCUGUAUGAAAUGACGGGUGGAUGAUGUAACGAGGCACUUUUCUGUCACAGCUUACAUUGUAGUUUGUUUUAAACGGUCUAGCAGCUACAGCUAGAAGUGAAGCAGAUCAAAACUUGGUGAGGUUUUUUUUUUUGAUCUUAUGGCAGAAGUAUAACAUCUUUUAUUUCUUUAGAACAUUUUGUUUUUAUAUUCUUCUUCUUUAAUAGUUUUACAAUGUUUUCACGUGCGCGCGCCUGUCUGUGUUACUUGUGAAGUUUAACUCCAGAUUGUAUUUCAUAAACUUUAAAAUUUGAAGAUUGUUGAAUGAAUUCAUGUCUUAAUAAAGAUUGUUUGAAAAAUAAAA